UAUCAGAUGGAAAGCUCAAAUCUCAGAUUAACUGUAUGUGAAAUUUAGCAUACAGCCUUACUUUUCCUGCCACCAUGUCACUUCUGCAGGAGAUCCUGGCCAUGCAAAGGCCGAAAGGUGGGUCACAUAUUAAGAUCGCCUAGGGCAGGAAUCAGGCCCAUCCAUUCAUGGGAGAAGCCAGACAUCCAAGUCAAUGGACUGACUCAACGCACCACUAUCCCCACCUAAUGUUGGGUCACCCUGAUCUUCACAGAGAGUAAUCGAAUAGUGUGGCCCAUCUUUUUCGUGGCUCGGAUGUCCUACAAACAAGUUCAAAGAGUCCUUGUGACCCUGUCUUAUGGAGAUCAUCUGCCAAAGUGCCAAUCUAAUGGAUUUUUGCCACUUUCAACUAUUACAAAUGAACCUUCCUCCAAUUGUAGCAGCAGCCGCCAAUGGAAGAGCUUCAAGGGAUCAUACAUGGCCUCUCAACAGCUGUCCUCCUCUCUCUCUUUGCAUUUUCUUCCUUUUGUUCAGCUUCUUCAACGCAUGAAGCAGUAGGACACAAAGUCCCAUUCAUGACGGUAGACUUCGAGGAUGUAUUGGGCAGAUCAUUCGACUACAUAAUCGUUGGGGGAGGCACGAGUGGCUGCCCCUUGGCCGCCACACUAUCCACGAGAUACUCAGUGUUGUUAGUGGAACGUGGUGGGUCACCUUACGGGAAUCCCCUCAUUGAAGAAAGGAAGAAUCACGGGUUUCUGUUGAUCCAAACCAAUCAAUUCACAUCCAUCGCCCAAGCAUUCAUCUCAGAGGAAGGAGUGUCCAAUCGCAGGGGAAGAGUACUGGGUGGAACAACCACAAUCAAUGGUGGAUUAUAUAGUAGAGCUAGUGAGGAUUAUAUUCAGAGAGUUGGGUGGGAUGCAGAGUUAGUCAGGGAAUCUUAUGAAUGGGUGGAAUCUAAGAUGGUUUUUCGACCGAAUCCUCCAACCCCAUGGCAAUCUGUUUCUGCGGAGGGCAUGGUUGAAGCAGGAGUUCAGCCUUUCAAUGGUUUUAGUUUGGAGCAUGUAAAGGGAACAAAAGUAGGAGGUAGCAUCUUUGAUAUUCAUGGAAGAAGACAUACCGCUGCUGAUUUAUUAGCGGCCGGGAAUUCAAAGAGAAUCACUGUUCUUUUGAAUGCAACAGUCCAAAAUGUAAUCUUCCACGAUGGAGGUAAGUGCAAAAGAUCGGUAGGUGAUGGGAAGAAGCCCAGGGCACAUGGCAUAAGAUUCAUUAGGAGCGAUGGCAAUCCAAACCACUUCUACGAAGCAUAUCUCAGCUAUCCAAAGGGUUCAAGAUCUUGGGGCGAUGUGAUACUAUCUGCUGGCACACUGGGCAGUCCUCAGAUCCUCAUGCUGAGCGGCAUCGGGCCCCAAGAACAUCUCAAGCACUUCAACAUCUCCCCUCUCGUUGAUGCCAGAGGAGUAGGCCAAGCCAUGCAGGACAACCCAUCAAUUGCCUUUCGCUUAAACUACUCUCCUAAUGCUUUUCAAAAUCCACAGCCCGAUCCACCUCAAGUUGUGGGAAUUUCAGACGGUUUCCGAAUAAUACUAAUAUCCGUUAUUCUUCCCACAAGCCCCAACACAACUAGAACACGCAUUGUGGCUAAAAAUGCAAACCCUGUAUCAAGAGGGUCGCUAAGGCUAUGGAGCACAGAUCCCAGGCAGAAUCCUUCAGUGAAAUUCAACUACCUAGCUAAGGAAAGGGACUUGGAUGAAUGUGUUGAAAUGGCCCAUCUGGUUGAGAAAGUUGCACAUUCCAGAUCGAUCGAAACAUUUCUAGGAAGAAGGCAAUCAGGAAUCAUGAACGGCAGUAAGUAUAGAGACGAGGAAUUGAGGGACUUUUGCAAGAAGAAUGUGUCGACAUUUUACCAUUAUCAUGGAGGGUGUGUUGUUGGGUCUGUUGUAGACAAGGAUUACAGAGUUUUCGGAGUGAAGGGUUUGAGGGUCAUUGAUGGAUCAACUUUGCUCAAGUCCCCCGGUACAAAUCCAAUGGCAACUCUGUUAAUGCUAGGCAGGUACCAAGGAAUUAAGAUGAUAAGGAAGAGAAAUUAUAACUCAGUAAGUUAUCCUUCAGAAUCUGAUGACCAGUACAUGACUCACCCUCAACCAAGAUCUAACUCGCCGUGAAGUGACUCAGUGACUACAGCUAUGCAAAUGUUAGACCUUGUCUGUCAUGUUUGUAUAUUGGCUCCCUUUGUUUCUCUCCUUCCAUGUCUUUAAGAGUCGUAUUGUAGCCUAAAAUAACUCUACUCCAUGAAAUAGAGAAGAUGGGUUUCAAGCAUAAGGAAGGCACUGGUGGUGUAUUUAAUCCUUCAUUUGAGGGAGUGUUUGGACUAAUUGCAAAUCAUGAUUGGCAGAGCUUCUGAUCUAACAGGGCUUGGAAUUGGGGCAGCACAGAGAACAAAACCACAGAGCAGGCUUCCAUUUUUGCACCUUUUCCACCAUUUUUAAAAAAAAAUACACCCUCA